CUCGGAUUCUGCCAGGCGAAAGAAAAUCGAGCGACGUGCCCACCAACGCCACGCGGCUCCUACGCCCUUGCCCGCCACGACGACGCAAGUAGCGCCAACUCUCGACGGAUGCACCUUACGCUGGCACCCACUUCACACCCGCGGACAUGCAAGCAAGGUCGCGCGGGUUCCAGCACGCACAUGCAUCCAACCAAAAGCCACCUGAGUAGGGAGACUGACAAGUCCUCCUCGCCGGUGCGAUGAUUUCGACAACGACCGAUACCCCAUGCUGAAACGAGCGCCGGUCGACGACAUCUUGUGGCAUCCAUUCGUGGAACCGUGCCGAACCGCGUCGUGUGGCUCAUGCGCAAAAACUGCACCAACUCGAUACAUUACACCAAAGGAACGCAAAAGAGGGAAUCGAAAGAACCAUGGCGAUGCGUGAAGCCGUUGGAGGGUCGACUCCCCAUAGCGCGAGCACGUACAAGCUCGGCACACAACACUGCCUCCAGUUCGCGCAUGCCAGCCGAGUUCGUCGCUCGAGCGUUUCGUUCCCCAUACCUUCGAGAUCGACAACAACGUCAACGUAGUCGCCGAGGGACGGCCAAGCCGUUGCAAUGGACACUCCAUUGCAGUGCAAUCACUUGGUGUUUGUAUACACAGUGCACCGGCCACACUUGUGACCACAUCAAUCAUGACGCCAUUCGGCAUCUCACCCACGGCAGCACAUGGCUCCACCCGCCGCCGCCGCCGCGUUGGGCGUUCGGCACGCGGCGAUGGUGCCACACAGCCAGCCGCACCUUGUAGUGUAUAGAGGUCGAUGCAAGUAUAAGUCGGGCAAGUGCGCGAACGAACGUUCGGUCAAGGACAACGGUCUGCCGCACACGUUGUGCGAGCCGCACCGCGUGCAACACAACAAGAAUCAGCGCAAGUCGGACGUGAAGCGGCGACGGCAGAUGCGACUGGAACGAGGGGGUAGCAAGACACGUGUGCCAGCCAAACCGUCGACGACCGACGAGACGUGGACACUGCGCGCAAGUUGUCCGUCGCUGCAGUCGGUCGACGACGCAUUGCCUGCCGACACUGCAGCGGCGUCACCAGCGUCCAUCCUCGAGCCAUUCAAGUGGAACGACGACUGGACCUUUGACGACUUGAUCCUCCUCCGCGACGUGAUCAUGUGACCGCUCGAUGGACUUGUCGCGAUGGAAAAUGCAAUAUUUACCGUCAACCUGUGUCGAUGGCAUCGCGCGGAGAAGGGCGGUGGUCGUGUGUGCGGAAUUCUCCUGGCGUUGUUGCGUGGGGAUCUGUCGCGUCGCUGCCAGUGUCGCCAUCGGGCAGUAGCGAUGGGCAACACCAUUAGUCGCAGCCAUCGCAAUCCAAGAGGAACGACAGGAUGUGCAUGGAGACAGGGCAUCGAAGCGACGCCGCCUCUAGCACGCGCGGCCAUGCGUUCAAUGUGUCGCGGCCAGCACCCGGCCGUCAUGCAGCCCCGUUGGAUGGCGUACACGGAUGUGUAGAUGGAGCAAGACGUCGAGAGAUGGUGCGGCGGUGUUUGUGCGAGGUAGGCGAACGUCAGGUACAUGGCGCGCCCGAUGGCUUGCGAUCGUGUCCCGCGGGAACCAAGACGGUUGCAUCAAUCUUUUUCGUGUCUACGAGAUGGUUAAAAAGCUUCGCAACGAAUUCCGAAACUGGCCCAACUUUUGCGUGAACCGGUCGCGGUUGGACGCUUCCAACGACGGGACGAUAUCUUGGUACAGCUUGGCAAACGCGUCGUCGACUUGGG